AUGGUGGAUGAGAGAUGCAGGAUAUUUUUUAUCUGCAGAAACUGCUUCCCCAGAGAGGAGGUGUGUGGAAAGUUUUUGUCCUCUAGGAUAGAGAUGCUAAGUGUGGGAGUCAUCACAGAGCCCUGUCAUGCCAGGUGGGAAGGAGAUGAGGCGGUCCUGCAGAGGCGGCAGAAGCAGAUAGACUACGGCAAGUGCACACCUGGUUACCAGUGCUUUCUGCAGCAGGUCCCCAGGGCACAGCGACAGCUUGGGUUUCACCCUCAAACACCAAACAAAAACAGGAGGUACAGUUGCCGAUCCUGGGAUGCCCAGAUCAGGCAAUGGAGAAGAGCCCUGCAUACCUGGGACCCCACAAGCCAGCCUCUGCAUGACAGGGAGGCUUUGGGGAAGGCAACUAAAAACUUCCUAAGGCCAGUGGAUUCUGCUCCUUUGGAUGAUCUCCUGGAUGACUGGCUCCAGGCCCCAGAAUACUCAGAAAAUUGGGACAGAGGCCAGAAAGAGGCCCAGUCUGCAUACUUGAAGGGUCCUGUUUCCUCCCCUCCCAAGCUCAAAGAGGAAGAGCUUCACCACCGAAUCUACUGCUAUUUACCUAUCCCAGACGUGCAGGGUGCAAACUAA